CAAAGGGCAAGAACAAAAGUUACUGUCCCAGGUAUUCAGUGGCAUGUUAUAAUUUCCCAGUCUUCUUGAAAUUUCACUUUAUCUGAGAUUUUAAAAAAAUAUUGAAAAAAAGAGAGGCAAUUUGCAGAGCUGCAGCUCGUGCGUCAGGUAGGCAAAAGUUACCAGCUAACUUAACUGAGACUGUGUUCAUGCAGAUGAGACAUCCUCUUCGCAUCCUCAGGAGUUUAUUUCUUCACAGACCGACAGCAAACCCUCAGAGGCGAGGCGUGUGCGGUGCAGGGAUGCGCCUGGUGCAGUUUCAUCGCCAUGGUGAGGGAGGAGGCAUCAGAGUCGGAGUGGAGCAAGGCGAGGGGCUCAGCGUGGUGGAUCUGAAGGCGUUUGAGCCUUCCAUGCCCUCGACCAUGAGGGAGCUGCUGGAGCUGGGAGACAAAGGUCUGGAGUGUGCACAGAGAGCGCUGUCGUCCGGUCAGUGUGUGGUGGAGCGUUCAGACAUCACGCUGCUGUCUCCUGUGUUGGCUCCGGAGAAGGUGGUGUGUGUGGGGAUGAACUACCGCGACCACUGCCUGGAGCAGAACGCCCCGAUUCCCAAAGAGCCGAUCAUCUUCAGCAAGUUCCCCAGUGCCAUCACGGGACCCUACGAUGACAUCAUUCUGCCCGCAGAGAGCCAGGAGGUGGACUGGGAGGUGGAGUUGGCUUUUGUGAUUGGACGAAGAGGAAAACACAUCAAGGCGGAGGACGCCCUGUCCUAUGUGGCUGGGUUCAGUGUAGCCAAUGACGUGAGCGCGCGUGACUGGCAGAUGAAGCGCAACGGAAAGCAAUGGCUGCUGGGAAAAACAUUCGACAGCUUCUGUCCUCUCGGCCCCGCCUUAGUUACCACAGACGCUGUGCGAGAUCCUCACAACCUGGGCGUUCGCUGCCUGGUUAAUGGAGACACCGUCCAGAGCAGCAACACUGAUCAGAUGAUCUUCAAGACGGAGGCGCUGGUCGCCUGGGUCUCAAAGUUUGUGACAUUAACUCCCGGAGAUGUUUUCCUGACAGGCACCCCUCCAGGUGUGGGUGUGUUCAGGAAGCCGCCCAUCUUUCUCAAGAAAGGCGACGUGGUGGAGUGCCAAAUAGACCAAUUAGGCUCUAUAAUCAACAAAGUGGUCUGAACUCUGAGACAAACUUCUGAAAACAAUCUGAAACAUCCAUAAAUGAAUGUCAGCUGUUAAAUUAAAAUGCUGAAUUACUGUUUUCAAAAACAGUAUAAUUUAGAGUUUGCUGUUUGAUUGCAUGCAAACCAUCUGAUGGUGUAUAAAAAAAGUACAUCUCAUUCCGA